AUUCAGCAGACACUCCCAUCCAGAAAGACCCACGGGAGCAACCAGGUCAAGCGCCCCCACCCAGUCGACCCGGGGACCCGAACCAGCGACCUCUCGGCCACCCGCCCUAGCUCCCAACAGCCAGACCACCAACCAUCUAAGAUACCCAUACAGUUCCCAUUUUUCCAAACAGUGAAAUUACUUGACCAACAGAAAAUAAUAUCAAAGAUCUAUAUAUAAUGACGAGAUGCUUAUGUUUACGUCCUAACAGUGGGAGUGGUUCUAAGGCAGGGAAGGCAGGCGGACAAGUUUAGGCCCAAAAUAAGCCCAUAGAAAUGCAUUGGAUUAAUUUUGGACUGAUUUUGGCGAGAGUGAAACUGAUCCUACGCAUGCAUACAAGGACCGGACAUUUUUUCAUUAAGAGUUUAAUGGAAACAUUCAACAAUGGAACUGUACUAUCUGAGAAUGCAGAGGACGAGAGAGAAGACUGACAAGAUGGAGAAGAGCAAAGCCAUGAGGAAGCUGCGGGUGUGCGUGGCAACGUGUAACCGGGCAGACUACUCCAAGCUGGCACCCAUCAUGUUUGGCAUCAAGGCCAACCCGGAUGAGUUUGAGCUGGAAGUGGUGGUGCUGGGUUCCCAUCUCAUUGACGAUUAUGGCAACACGUUCCGGAUGAUCGAGCAGGAUGACUUUGACAUCGGCUCCAAGCUGCACACCAUCGUGCGUGGGGAGGACGAGGCCGCCAUGGUGGAGUCAGUGGGUCUGGCGCUGGUCAAGCUGCCAGAUGUCCUCCACCGUCUCCGUCCCGACGUUCUGGUCGUCCACGGCGACCGCUUUGACGCCCUCGCCCUGGCAACUGCUGCCGCUCUGAUGAACAUUCGCAUCCUGCACCUGGAGGGAGGAGAGGUGAGCGGCACCAUCGACGACUCGAUCCGUCACGCCAUCUCCAAGCUGGCCCACUACCACGCCUGCUGCACCCGCACCGCCGAACAGCACCUCAUCGCCAUGUGUGAGGACCACACUCGCAUCCUGUUGGCGGGCUGCCCCUCCUACGACAAGCUGCUGGCCGCCCAUCACCGUGACGACUACAUGGACAUCAUCAGGAACUGGCUCGGAGACAAUGUGAAGGAGCACGACUACAUCGUGGCCCUGCAGCACCCGGUCACCACUGACAUCAAGAACUCCGUCAAGAUCUACGAGCUGAUGUUGGACGCCCUCAUCUCCUUCAACAAGCGAACGCUCGUCCUCUUCCCCAACAUAGACGCAGGAAGUAAGGAGAUGGUGCGUGUGAUGAGGAAGAAGGGCGUGGAGCAGCACCCUAACUUCCGGGCGGUGAAGCACGUGCCCUUCGAGCAGUUCAUCCAGCUGGUGUGUCACGCUGGGGCCAUGAUCGGCAACAGCAGCUGUGGCGUCAGAGAGGCCGGGGCAUUCGGGACCCCCGUCAUCAACCUGGGGUCCAGGCAGACUGGGAGAGAGACUGGUGAAAACGUCCUCCAUGUUCGAGACGCAGACACUCAGAAUAAGAUCUACCAUGCCCUGGAGCUGCAGUUCGGGAAGAGAUACCCCUGCUCAAAGAUCUACGGCGACGGGAAUGCGGUGCCUCGCAUCAUGAAGUUCCUGCAGGCCAUCGACCUUGAUGAGCCGCUGCAAAAGACCUUCUGCUUCCCCCCCAUCAGGGAGUGGGACAUCUCCCAGGACAUCGACCACAUCCUGGAGACUCAGGGCGCCCUAGCCAUCGACCUGGGGGGGACCAACCUCCGCGUGGCCAUCGUCAGCAUGCGGGGUAAGAUAGUGAAGAAGUACUCUCAGGGGAACCCCAAAACCUACGAGGCUAGGAUCGAGCUGAUACUGAAGAUGUGUGCGGAGGCCGUCUUUGACGCUGUUCAUCUCAACUGCCGGAUUCUGGGAGUGGGUGUGUCGACUGGGGGCAGGGUGAACCCACAGGAGGGUGUGAUCCUCCACUCCACCAAGCUGAUCCAGGAGUGGAGCUCCAUCGACAUCCGCACCCCCAUCUCUGACGCCCUCCACCUGCCCGUCUGGGUCGACAACGACGGCAACUGUGCCGCCCUGGCAGAGAAGAAGUUUGGCCACGGCAAAGGAGUGGAGAACUUUGUCACCAUCAUCACUGGAACAGGCAUCGGCGGGGGCAUCAUCCAGCACAACGAGCUGAUCCACGGCAGUACGUUCUGCGCGGCCGAGCUGGGCCACAUCAUGGUGUCUCUGGACGGGCCGGAGUGUAUGUGUGGCAGCCGUGGCUGCAUCGAGGCCUACGCAUCAGGCAUGGCCCUGCAGAAAGAAGCCAAGAGGCUCCAUGACGAGGAACUGCUGGAGGUGGAGGGGAUGGUGGAUCUGAAGAAGGCCGAGUCCGUCGGCGCCAUCCACCUCAUCAACGCAGCCCGCCUGGGCAACAGCAAGGCUGGAGCCGUUCUCCGAACAGCCGGCAUGGCCCUCGGAGUGGGCAUCGUCAACAUCCUCCACGUGGUCAACCCCUCUCUGGUCAUCCUGUCGGGAGUGCUGGCCGCCCACUACCAGGCACCUGUCCAGCAGGUCAUAGGUCAGAGAGCCCUCACCUCCGCCCAGCGCAUCCAGGUCCUGACAUCCGACCUCGAAGAGCCCGCCCUACUGGGGGCCGCUAGCAUGGUGCUGGACUACACAACCAGGCGCAUCUAUUAAGAACAUUACGGUAAUGGACUGCACAACGGGCGCAUCUAUUAGGAACAAUACGGUAAUGGACAACACAACAGGCGCAUCCAUUAAGAACAUUACGGUAAUGGACAACACAACCAGGUGCAUCUAUUAAGAACAUUGCAGUACUGGACUACACAUGAGGUGCAUCUAUUAAGAACAUUACGGUAAUGGACUACACAACGGGUGCAUCUAUUAAGAACCAUUGGUCAGUUGUCAAGCUCUAGUUUUCAUUUGUGGUCCCCAAAGGAGGAGGGACAUAUCUUGCAAUUCCCUGGUGUAGAAAGAUUUGUUAUUAGCAAAUAGAAAUGGCUAAGAUAGAAGGUAGCAUCUACAGAUAGAUCUACUCAAUAGGGCCUACAUCUAUGCUGCUGUCCCAGAUGGGACAAUCUGACAUGCACAUGCUCUUCUAGCUAUCGACUCCUUCGAUUGGACGAACCGUUGGCGGUCAUUUAUUUCAGUUAGACGAUGACAAGUUGGGUAUUUUCCAAAGGGGUCUUCAGUGAUAGUCUAAUUUUCAAUGUCAACAUAAUACAAUUUCUACAGGGGAUACAGUACUUAAAUGGUAGUACUAUAAACAACAGUGCUGAAAUAGUAGUACUAUUUAACUACCUUACUGAAUUAGUAGUGUGUGUGGAUACAUGUAUAACAGCCUAUACAGUAAUAUGAGUACAGCCACAUGAGUAAAUAUUGGCAAUAUUUUGACCCUCAUAAUUCCAUGUUUUUGUUACGUCUUAAUUCUAAACGUACAAUAUGUUAUUGUUGAAGCCACGCUAUGAAAGCAGUAUGUUGCUAUGACAUAUUUAACUGUAUGUAUUUGUCAUACCGGGCUGUAAGCACUUUGCGCCACUUUAUCUUAUUUUGUCUCCAUUUUGGAAUCGGCAAACAAA